UCUGCACUCAUCCGACGUAAUUGUACGGUUUGCGGGACACUGAUCAUAUUCCCCAAAGCAAACUGAUGAAUGAGGACAGCAGCAGUAGGAGUUAACGCUGACAGGGAGUUCAAGGAGUCCGUCCGUGUACACGGGGGGCACGUCAAUACUCCUCUCACACUCGCGCUCACUUAUUUUCAAGGCACGUGUAGCCAAACUCACUUAACUUUCUCAGUUCUCCACAAACAAGUUCCUAGCAUUUUUAAAUAAAUACAUUUACUACUCAGUCUAAAUGUAGUGUGAGUGUGGAUAGCGGAGACAAAGAAACCAAAAGGAAGACGCUAGCGUUUUUCGGCGUUCGCACGCGCAGAGCGUCAGGACUGAGUGGCGCGUGACUGUUACUCAUAUAUGGAGCUGUGUUCGCACGAGCGGUAAAUCCAGUGAGGAUGACCCCUCAUACUCAGCGGCGAGACUCUCGCGAAAGUUGGAAACUGAUAUCUGGAGCAUCCAGCGUUGCUUAGUACAUUCCAAUACAUGAAGCCAAGCCUCCAGACGCGUUGUUUAGCCAAAGCAAGCAGGAAUACUCCGUGAUGCGCACGAGCUGGGAAAACUGUUGAUCCUUUUAAUUAAAAACGGAGUGAGUGAGUACAUUGGGUGCGUUACUUUUGAUGUCUCCGGUCAGCACAGCUGUAAAGGUUUCAACUUCCUGUGAUACAAUCACACCAUGCCUGAGGGGGCGGGCCGCGACAACCAGAAAAAAAACCGCUACCAAGCUGCCAAGCGCCCCUCCUCUGUGUCCUCGCUGAGUGGGAUUGUGAGCCGCAUGGCCUCCUCAGGGGGCGCGUCCCGUGGUAGCUGCACCUCAGUUAACACGGUGUGCUCUGACAGUGACCGUGGAGCCAGUCUCAGCUCCUCUGCCUCAUCUGCCUCACUGCAGGAUGGGCACUCUUCCUCUUCUUCCUCAUCGCUCCCCUACGGAGCCGUGCCGGCCUACCCCGGGCCACAGCAUAAUGGCUCCGACAUCAGCCUGGACCUCACCCCUCUCUCCCUACUGACAGGAGCCGGUCCCCUCUCUGCCUCCACAGCACCGCAGCCCAAACUCACUCGUCUGGAGAGGGUGGCUCUGGAGAUAGUGGAGACCGAGCAGGCCUAUGUGAGGGACCUCAAGAGCAUUGUGGAGGACUAUCUUGGCUGCAUUAUUGACUGUGGCGACUUGCCUCUCAAACCCGAAGAGGUCAGCACCCUCUUCUGCAACAUCGAGGACAUCUAUGAGUUUAACAGUGAGCUUUUGGAAGAUCUUGAACGUAGUCCACAUGCAGCGGCCAUAGCAGAGUGCUUUGUGGAGAGGAGUGAAGCUUUUGACAUUUAUACCAUAUACUGCAUGAAUUACCCCAACUCAGUAACAGUCCUGCGGGACUGCAUGAAGAACGAGAGCCUGGUGCGCUUCUUCCACGAAAGGCAGGCCACUCUGUGUCACUCAUUGCCUCUAGAGACUUACCUGCUGAAACCAGUCCAAAGAAUUCUUAAAUAUCACCUCCUGCUGCAGGAACUAUCCAAACACUUUGAUAAAAGUGAUCCAGGCUAUGAGGUGGUCGAAGAUGCCAUUAUAACCAUGACAGCAGUUGCCUGGUACAUCAAUGACAUGAAGAGGAAACAGGAACAUGCAGUCAGACUGCAGGAGAUUGAGAGCUUGUUGCUGAACUGGACAGGGCCUGAUCUCAGUGGUUUUGGAGAGCUGGUACUUGAAGGUUGCUUCCGGGUUCAGCGUGUGAAAAAGGAAAGAGCUUUCUUUCUUUUUGACAGAAUGCUUCUCAUUGCCAAGAAGAGGUUGGAUCAUAUCAUAUACAGCACUCACAUCUUUUGCUGUAAUCUGCUCUUAGUGGAAAACAUGAAGGAUCCCCUCUGUUUUAAGGUGUCUGACCAAACAAUCCCAAAACAACAGCACAUUGUUCAGGCUAAAAACCAGGAGGAGAAGCGGCUGUGGCUGCAUUACCUCAAAAGGAUGAUAGUGGAAAACCAUCCUGCAUCCUUACCCCAAAAAGCAAGGCAGGUUCUUGGUGACAACUUCUGUCAGUCCCCACAGUUUGAUCUGGAACCGAUAAGAAAACCAAUGCCUUCCCCACGACUGGAUGAUGUUCAUAACUACCACAGAGGAAGAAGGCAAUCAGAGCCGCCAGAGUUCAUCUACACCCCAGAGAAAGCCAAGAAAAGCCUCCCCCUCCUCCUAGAGGGUAACCUGCCAUACAAGCGUGGGAGGAGACAGUCUGCUCCUGCCAAAGAUAUAGAAGCUGCAUUCCAGCAAAGUGGUUCUUUAAAGGCUGGCAGUGAAGGGGAGUUGUGCCAAUCGGCUAAUAGCAUUGGCUUUUCAUGUAGUACCAGUACUCUGGCAUCCUCUGUCAUUGAAGUUGAAUCUGGCCGUGAUGAUCUGGCUUUAUGUCAGGAUGAGGAUGACAUGACCCCGCUCCCUCUACCACCAACACUGUCCAUUACUGAGGAAAUCAUGCAGUUCAUUAAUGAGAGCCGUGCUCGGCAAGGCAUGGCUGAGUUUACAUCUGAAGUGUUGACUCCAGAGACCCUGGAAGGCCAGUCAUUGGAGGCACAGCAGUUAGAUGAGUCCAAACCACUAAUAGCUGAGGUGGAUGGAAAUAAGUAUCAGACCAACGAUGCCAAAAGAUCUGAAGCAGAAGAAACUCUGGUGGAUGUGUCAGACAAAGACAAGGAGAGCCAUCCAUUAUGUGAAGCAAAUGUUGCUCAACCAGAGCUUGAGGAAGCAUCAUCACUAUUACAGACCUCCAAAGAAGUGAAUCAAUCAGGAGAGUUGACAUUACCAGAGCCUAGUCAUAGUGAAUCAUCCAACCCAGAAAUUAUGAAGGUCACAGAUGAAAAGGGCGGAAAAGGUCCUGAAGACUCUGCUAGUAAAAGUGAAGAAAGUGAGGCUAAGUCAGCUUGUGCUCACAUUGCUACUAAAUUAAAAGCAACUGACAGCUCUCUUGUCCCCAAAGUAGAACCUGAGCAAAAACUAACCAAAAGUGACAAGCAGAUUAUUGAGAAGAUACGCAGCUAUUAUGAAGCAGCAGAGGCAGGUGUUGAGGAGGGUCAGACAGCACGAAGAAACAGCUUCUCUCGUAUUCCUGCAGGAUUAGUGAAGGAUUCGGUGUCACGAUUUAGUGUUUGUGUUCACCAAGACAGUCUAACUGAGUCUGAGAGUAGCCACUCAGGCUGUGCUGAAUCUGACGCGGCAUCUUCAUUACUCCCAACACCAGACCAAUCUGACCAGAAUUUCAACCAUGAGGAAUCUUCUGAUAAAGCCAUUCCUCUUUCACAUUCAGAUAUAUUCCAAGAACGAAAAGAAUUAUUAAACAGCAAAAAUGCUGAUAAAAAGGAUAAAGACAUCUGUGAGUUUGAUCCCUGUAUGAAAUUGUGGAAAGAGAAAGAAAGAACUGGCCAAGACUUUAUAAAUAGUCAGAAAGUUCCUUUCUCAAAAGAGAAGAGCUGUGGUGAACAUACAGAUGCUCCUGAGAAAAACACGUCAUCUCUAAAUUGCACAACAACCCAGAUGCAGCGUAAAUAUGAGCAUUCACAAUAUGAUCCUGACACUUCAGACACAUCUAAUCCACAGACGACAGAGACUGCGGAUACAUCUCUUAAGUAUGGAAGUAGAACAAGAGUUAGGAUGUCCUCUAAUGGAAACCUGGAUAGCAUUCCCAGUCAGAUUAAAGGUGGCCGAUGGUCUCGUCAUGACAGGGAGGUAACGUGUACCCGUACACUUUAUGAAGGAAUGGAAGAGGUACCAGAUUUAGGAAUUUUUGAGGGUGGACCAGUCAAUCAAUGCUUGGUAGAAAACUCUGAAAAGAUUCUUAAUAAAGUACAAAUGCUUGCACGCAUGUACACAGCGAAAGCAAGCAGCAUGAAGGUACCACUACACCAGAAGAAAACACGAGUGAGUAGAGGAGAAUGUUCAGUAGAGGGAAAAUACAGCAUUUCACCCAAGUCUCGGCAAGUACAGCUGCACCAGGGGGAUAUAAGAAUACUAAAUCAGCCCACAGAAGAGUUUUCAGUAUCAACACCCACUGAGCCUUUUGGUCACAUCAUUUUAAGGGAGAAGCUAUCUACAACAUAUCACCAAGAAAAUUAUUGUAAUCUCAUUGGACCCCCAGAUGAGAUCUCAACAAAUGGAUCUAAUUCACUGCAUUUUUCAUGUGCUGAAUCGUUGGCUACUUCAUUAACAACCGUUAUGGAAUCACAGGUUUCUGUAAUAUCAGACCAUAGAAAAAGCUCCUUAGGAAAAUGUCAGUCUAAAAGACAAGAGGGAGAUCAAUCCUUGUCACUUUCAACUUCCUCAGAAACUCAAGUCCAAACUGAGCCAGAAAUACUAUCCAAAUUAGACAGAUUUUCAUUGGACAAGCAUGCUGACAUUAUACUGCAGUCUGUUCAGGAGAACCAUUCAUAUGCUGUGGACAAAUCCAUUGCAAUAAAUGGGACUAAAGAAGGAAAGACAUUGCAAGAAGAGAACCAUGCUUUUGUGAGCAAUUCUGGUCAUAGUAGUGAACUUUUUAUUGAACCACUAUUCAUUAAACAUUUAGAAGAAGAGACUCGAAGUGUAGAGGAGAAAAGGGACUUAAUUGCACAGCACUGUGAAAGCAUAUUGUCCAUUGAUGAUAAACGAGAUGAAAUACAUUUGAAUUCCAAGCCGGCCCAUGCAGAUACUGAAGCCACUAGCAUGGAGGAAAUAACACCUGUAGUGUCCUCUGUUAGUGAAGUAGGUGAAUGUCCCCCAUUACAGUCAGCAGUCUCCACUAAAAACUGUGCUAUAAACACUGUUGUCAUCUCUGAAGGAUCAGAAUAUUCAUACCCUUUAACCCAGUUGCAAGAAGAUGCAACUAGCCGUACACAACUGACGCCAUGUGGCAAGUGUAGUCCACUGGAUGUUCAAUCCAAAAAGGACCUGAGCGAUAAUUCAAAGACUUUGAGCCCACCCUCUACACCACCGGUUGGCGGACCUACUUUGGAUGAGCUUCCAAGGUUUACUAGCCAAAGACCUUCCAAUCUUCCUUCUGCCACAGGAAAGAGAACUCCCUUCACCAAUUGGAAUCCAUCAUCUCCAGCCACUCAAAGAGUGCCACAUACUUCACUGCGGACCGAGGAAAAGAUUCAAGAUACUUCCGCUUCUGGCCUUUCUCCUCACAGACAAUCUUUCUCCCAGGCCCUUAAUGACAAUCCUUCAAACAUUCCUUUGAGUGGUGGACCUCCAUUAGAUUCAAAACCACCGUCUGACUUUAGCCCAAACUUGCGAAUGCGAUCACCCUCUCCACAUAGAAGUGCCCAGAACUCCAGACUGUCCUCAACGGCCUCAGCUCUUACAAAGUCUAUUGCUGCCUCUUGUAUUAGUCAGACAAUUUCUCAAACAAUGGCCAAGAGAGGUGCACAUCUUCAGACUGCUUCCCCACCUGUGAGCUCUUCUCCUCUGCCCACAUCUUCUUUAAGGCUAAGGUCACCAUCACCUAAACCCAUCACUUUGGACUUAAGUGCGGAGUCAGGUUUUAGGAGUACAUCCAGCACUGGGGUAGGGAGUCAACCCCUAAGGUCUUGUCCAUCCCCAUUCAGAUCAAACAGUCUUCGAUCUAGUCCAUCAACAGUUCAGUCCCCUCCUUCCUACCAUAGUCAACAGUCAAUAUCCCGUGCAUCUCCAGUUAGCCUCCAUUCAGCUCCAUCUGCUGAAAGCCCAAACUCUGCUGCUCAUGAACAGCCUUCUUACACCAGUUUAAAUGAUAAUGAUAAUGAUAAUAAUAACAAUAACAACAGUUUAAGUAAUAACGGGAGGGCAACUAAUCACAAAAAAGCAUCCCACUCAAAUGUGGAUGGACUCCCUCAUUUCCAUGAUCCUCAAAGAACAACCUUGCACAAUAGGGUGGCUUGUCCCUUUCCAUUCUCUGAGCCUAGCUCUCGUGUACAGUCCCCUUCUGUUAGCCCAUAUUUUCUCACCCAAAUCUGCUCCCCUCCACCUGCUCCAAACCACUCCAGUCAUCUGGUAGCAAAGCCACCAAAUCCCAGAAUCCCCAGACAAGGUGGCUCUUUUACCCCUCUGUCUUUGGAAAUCUCAAGAUCAACAUCAGCUUGCUCCUUAUCUCCCAGUGAGAGCCCCAGAAUCACCUCUCCACCUCCUAUUGGCAUUCCUGCAAAUUUAUGGGGUGUUGCUAAUCCGCAGCCAAGGGAUCCUUCAAUACCAAAUGCAUCUUCUCCAACAAAAGUAGAAACAAACUUUACACUAAGAGGCCCCAGAAUCAUCUCUCCUACCCCAAUGGGAAUGUCUUCAUGUUCAGCAACCAGCUUGCAGAGCCAGAGGAGGCUUCGAGGAACCAGUUUGUCCUCUGUUGCUCUAGGGGAUAGAUCACCCAGUCCAACUAGACAUGAACGCAGAUCUUGGGCAGAAAGUGGACGAUGGUCAGUGGGUUCAGAAUUGGGGAUAAUAAGUCCUCGUGGAGGUUCAUACAGUGGCAGUCCAUCUUCUAUAAGCCCUGGCCCUCUUUCACCUGUCAGACUAACAACUGAAAGGACCAGUCAUAGUGGAAAACAUUUCACAAGCAUUGCCUGGCCAGAUGUACAUGAUAUGUUGACAAAAUACAACACCGAGCCCAAGAAUGAAUCUGAUGCUUUGUCCUGCACUGAGACAGAGCAAGAUGACAUGGAGGUUGCAGAAUCUACUUGUCGUAGCACCCUGAUUUGUCCCUAUGUCGCUCCUGCUAACCCAGUUAUGAGAGACAGUCCUAUUCAGUGCCCAACCGAGGACAAAACAGAAGACCGUGUUACUAAUCAAGGGUCCAAAACAACAUUAAAAACCAGCUAUGCCACCACAGUUAACUUGCAGAUUGCCGGGAGUGGGAGGAUAGCAUCCUUUAGCAAUGCACAAGUCAGCCUGACUCAGACACUGUCCCCUGUGGCAGACAGCCAGAGCAGGAGAAGGGUCAGCAUCAAUAGUUGCAACUUCUCAAUGCAGAACUGCAAAAGGCUUUGAAUGGUGUGCUCCUGAGGUCUAGUAUGGUGCCUCAUUCUUCAAAGACACUUUAUCUGGCACUUUAGGAUAUAACAGAGGAAUCAGCUUAGAGAUCCAAAUCCACUCCAUUUAGAUGGGAAAAAAAUAUAUAAUGGACUAUAAAAUACGGGUGUCAGGCAGUUGAUGCUAUGGUCAUUGUGUAUGUUUUGUUUUUUUGUUUUUUUAACCCUCAACCCUACUUCCUGGUCAAGAUAUAGUAAAACAUCAAUGAAAGUCUGGUUUGUUAUAUUUGACAGUGUUUAUUUUAUUGCAUAUAAUAUGCAAAUUUUAUAAUAUGUAAUUGAACUAAAGCUUAUUUCAUUGAAGGCUUUCAGUUGGCUGUGAUAUAUAAAGAAAUUAUUUAUGAAGUAGUUGGUUUCUGGCACUUAACUCGUUUCUUUGUUUUGCACAUUUUUCUCUAAUGUGGUCCAGAUGUGUCUGGAAAAUAGUGUGUUUCAGACAAAAUAUUCACAUUUUUUAAAGAUACAUUUUUAUUGCCAGUGUUCUAUACAAAUUUGGUUAAUAAUACAGUACAUUUGAAAACAUGGGAACAUAAAUCGCUGCUUUGAUUGAUGUAAAUACAAACAUCAAAACAUCUGAUAUUUUGCAUUGAUGAAAAUGUUUGCUGUACACCAUGAAAAAGCAUUACAUCAUUCCUCAAGAAAAGUAUUUUGGUGCAGACUAAGAUAAGGUAAUGGUAAUCAAAAGGACUCUUGAUGUUGGAUCUGAAUUUUUAGUGUAUUUUUAAUGUAAUGCAUUGUUGAUUUCUUAAGGUGCUUGUCACAUAAUACAUAAGCCAAUUAAACAUCUCAGAUUUGUUUAAGGUCUUGCUCCACACCAUGCCUGAUAGAAAUGGUGCUUAGAAAAUAAAUGUUCUUACCUGCUCUUUGUACUUACCGUCAAAAAAUUCCAUGAUGGUCACACUGUAUGGAAAAUGUGCUCGCUGUUAUUUGUACCUAAAUAAAACCUGCAUAGUGUAA